AUGCAAGAGCCAGGGACUCACGAUGUGGUGACGGACCUUCAUGACGAUCUUGUUCGAAAGUACAAGAGACAUGGCGCUACUAUCCAGGAAAUCUGGAAGGGUUUCAAUGCGAGCCAGCGCGCGAAGUGUGUCAAGGUUGGGGUGAUGGAUGGCGUCUUGCUGAAACACUCGAGGGAUACCACCCAGGGCAACAUCUACCAGAUCGUUCCCGACUGGAACUUGCGCGACUUGACUGAAGGACCCGAACAUCUUCUGAACAUGCUCGAGCAUCGCGCCAAGAAAACGCUCAUGGAACAGUAUUGCGACGGGCCUAACGGUGGCGCUGGCGAUCACGGCAUUAUUGAUGAGAGCAUGCGAACCCGCAAUCUCCGCUCUGCUGAACCUUACAAAGACUGUUACACCUUAUUUGCCGACGGUGAAAUGUACGGCAAAUCGUGGCAUAUAGUCAAGGAACACAAGGAGGCGUUGCGUGGUUUCGAACCGGCCAUCAGGGCGGGACGAUGCAUACCCCAGGCUAAGGGCGAGCUAGUCUUGCAUCGUCAAAUCAGCUUGUUGCAGACACUUAAUAUCCUCAUGGACGAUAUCUUAGAGCAGGGCUCGAAGGCGCGAAGCACGACCCAACCCCCGAAGAAGUCUGCAGAGACGGCCACUGCGGCGUUCUCGAAAUUGAGCGUCAAAGAAUCGGCCGCCAAGCUUUCUCUCGCCGACAUCGUCAACGCUGCUCGAGAUCAGGCGGCAUCGCAGAAGGAACGCCUAGAGAUGUAUUCAGAGCCGGUCGUUAUUGCCCACAAUGUCAAUUUCUGGUUCUUCAGCCGGCCGGAGGUACUUCCGGAUGAGAAGGGACGUCGGCUGCCGGUGAUUUCCGACAAGUUCAUCAGUGCCAGUGUCUUCGAUACCGUCCAUUACGCCGUCAAGGAGGCCGCCCUGUGGAGUUACAUCCGUCAACUUCUCGAACGUUUCGAAAGCUUGAACAGAGACAAGGACCACAAGACGAUUUUGCUGCAGGAGAUAGCCAACGCCCUCCAGCUCGCAUAUGCCUCCACCCAGGCCCUCUUCAGGCGGCACAUCCAGUCGCAUUCGGGCAGCAAGUGGUACAAGCGGAUGUCCAACGCGUAUGACGGCGCCGGCAACGCACGCGUUGCGCUCAAAGGAAACCCAGGCGACCUGACACGGAGCGAUCCUCAGCUUCACUAUAUCCUCCGCCUUUGUCACCCUGAUACCACUUCGUCCAAGGCUGUCGAAUGGCUGAAGAAAUUGGGCGAUCUUCAUCAGGCUCACCCCGAAGAGCGAGAGAAACUGGUCGAGAGCGAGAUCGAAUCUCUUUGUGACCUGGCCACCACAGUCGCCUUCAUCCAAGAUGUGACCAGCACAAUAUCGGUGCCGGCUCCGUCCCGCAAAAGGGGGCAGUUGUUCGUCUCCAGGUCCCAAGAGCUGGAAGUCGAGCUGAACAAGCUCAAGACCGGCCUUGAUUUGAGGGACUUUGCCGUCCCAAUUGACAACCUUCUGGAGCCUGGUAUGACCGUCGAAGCUCUUAAGACUCUCGACCAAUUUAUCGUUGACAACGCCGGCGCCAAGCCCGGUGUGCUCUACGAGGAUCUCGUUGAUGAGUGUUUCUCCGACCUUGAGAACGAGUAUGAACAGUACAAGGCCAAGAUCGGCCAAGGCCAGAAGGAGUGGACGCCCCUACCGGUACCUGCCUCCGAGCCGCGAGAGACUCUGGUGGAGCAGCGCAAACAGAAGGAGAAGACUCGUCCGGCUCACGUGUCUGCCUACGAGGCCGGUCCUCAGGCGAAGGCCUCGACUUCAGAGCCAGCCGUCGAGAAACAGACUUUUAAAGUCACGCCCGCGACUGCCGAGGUUUUCGACGCCCUCUUCAAGAAGUCCGAGACCCGAGGUGCGGUGCACUGGACGGAUUUCGAAGGCGCUAUGGCGGAGCUAAGGUUUUCAGUUCUGCCCAAGUAUGGUUCGGUCUUCACUUUCAUGCCGCCCGAUACUAUGACGGUGAAGAGGCCUUUUACCAUCCACCGACCUCAUAAGUCUCUGAUUGAAGGGUACACAACACUGAUUUACUCUCGGCGUCUCGCAAGGGCAUAUGGAUGGGAUGAGAAGACGUUUGUAGUUGCGUGA